ACCAUAUAUAAAGGAUCAACUUCUCCCUAAUAGAAGCAUUAAACUCUCACCCAAAGCAGCAAGAUGAGUCUCACCGACCAGGACAAGACCACAGUCAGGGCCUUCUGGAAUCUGGCUUCUGGAAAGGCAGACUUAUUCGGAGGCGAAGCCCUGACCAGGAUGAUCUUACUGUACCCGGGGACCAGGGCCUACUUCCCCGACUGGAAGGACUUCACCCCCAAAUCCGCUCCGGUCAAGAAGCACGUCAAGGAGCUCAUAACUGGCAUCAAUACGGCCAUCGCCCAAAUUGACAACCUGAGUGAGGCCAUGGCGGAUCUCGGCAACUUACACGCCAAAGUCUUAAAAGUGGACUUCGUAUACAUGAAGAAUAUGAGUGACUGCCUCCUCCUGGGGUUGGCCGUCGUGUUCCCGAAGGAGUUCACCCCUGAGGUCAACAUGAGCAUGUUCAAGUUCCUGGAAGCGAUGAAUGCCGCCAUCGGCGAGAAAUAUACAUAAAAAAAACAUCAAGCAUGCCCACAGGAUUCAAAUCAUUUCUCUCGCUCUCUGCUGGGCUCAGUUUCAAUAAA